GAUAGACCUAGUAGACAAAAUUAAAUUGAGUUUUAAUUUACUUUUGUGUUGUUACCCAGACGGCCAGACCCCAAGUAUAGUACUAUAAUUUGGGGCAAAUUAACCUACCCCGUAGCUAGGGUUUUUGUCUAAUAACGUCUCCCUCGGUCGCUUGAAGCUUUAUCUCUUUAACUCGGGUCUCUAUACACGCCACUCUUACCAAAGGCUACUGUUGUUGAGGUUCUUCUUUACUCCUCUAACUUCUCCAUCUCCGUGCGGUGAAGUUCUGAAGUUGUUUUUCUCUAGCGGAAUCAAACUGUUGAGAUGAGAAAAGACAAGCCAGCUGUUGCAAGUUCGAGUAAAAUCAAAUUUGAAGACUCUGAUGAACAUGAAUCUUCGUCUGAAGAUGAGGAGGAGAAGGAGUUAGAGGAGGAGCUUGCUGAUGUGACCUUUGAGGAAUUGCAGAGAGCACGGUCUGAUGGGUCGGAUACAAUGUAUAGGAAGUUCAAUUCUGAAGGAAAAAGUGGCCGAGCAAACAAGAACAGGCCAGUGGAGAUGAGUAGCAAGAAGCCAGUGAGCAGAUUUAGGGAAAUUAUCCAAGUCCCUAAAGAGGUUACUCGUGACCCUCGCUUUGAGUCUUUAUGUGGCCAGCUUGACGAAGAUGGAUUCAAAAAGAGAUACAAUUUUCUUUACGAGGAUGAUCUUCCAGCAGAAAAAGAGGAUCUGAAGAAACAGAUGAGGAAAUCAAAUGAUCCAGAAGAGAUAAAUGAACUGAAAAAUCGCAUUGGUUGGAUUGACAAGCAAUUGAAAUCGGCAGGAUUGAAGCACACUGAGAGAGAGAUUUUGGCAGAGCAUAAGAAGAAAGAGAGAGAAGCUGCUAAGCAAGGGAAACAACCUUAUUACCUCAAAAAAUCUGAAAUUAGGCAGCGCAAACUUGUUGAGAAAUACAAGGAACUCAAAGCAUCAGGCAAACUGGAAGCAUAUAUCGAGAAGAAAAGGCGCAAGAAUGCUGCAAAAGACCACAGAUACUUGCCAUAUCGGCGUCCUGGCGAGCAAGAGAACAAGUGAAAUAACAGGUUUGCAUGCUGUAGCAAAUUUGUUUGCUUGGGUUCCUCGUCGCAUAUCAGCUUCUAACCACAGAUGCUCGUUGGUAUGCACGAACAUGGGCCCUCUCAUUCAAGAUGUAGAGGCAUUGGGGAGAGCCGACUUCUUUUGUUACUUCAAAGGUGCAGCUACUCUUCCUAUUUAUGCCUCGGUACAGCUAAUCUUGAUGAAAUGUACUAGUUAUAUUUGAGAGCCUUGAAGAAAAAGUUAAUUUACGAUAUCACUAGCAAGUACACAAUGCCUGUAGUUGAUCAUGCCUCAAGUGAGUUAUGUGCCUUCAGUUUUGCUGAAAAAUUGUUGAUGGUAGAACAAGGGAACGUUUUUGAGUUUGUCGAUUGUAAUUGCUACUUGGUCUAUUUUUUUCUACUUGCUAAAAGAAUGAAGCGGACAUUCCUGUUAAAGGAAGCUGAACACUUCCUUUCAAAUUCAACUAAAAAAAGUAUUACUAUUGCUGAAUAGCUAUAGAGAAAUUAGUUUCUCCA